AUGGGAAACAACAUGACUUUAAUCACAGAGUUCAUCCUUCUGGGAUUCCCCGUGGGCCCGAGGAUGCAGAUCCUCCUCUUCGGCCUCUUCUCCUCCUGCUACAUCUUCACGCUGCUGGGGAACGGCUCCAUCCUGGGGCUUAUCUGCCUGGAGUCCAGACUGCACACCCCCAUGUACUUCUUCCUCUCCCACCUGGCCCUUGUGGACAUGGCCUAUGCCUGCAACACGGUGCCCCAGAUGCUGGUGAACCUCCUCCGCCCAGCCAAGCCCAUCUCCUUUGCUGGAUGCAUAAUGCAGACCUUCCUCUUCUUGACGUUUGCUAUCACGGAAUGCCUCCUCCUGGUGGUGAUGUCCUACGAUCGGUACGUGGCCAUCUGCCAGCCCCUCCGAUACUCUUCCAUCAUGAGCUGGAGAGUCUGUGUGACCCUGGUGGUCACUUCCUGGGUCUCUGGAGUCUUUCUGUCCUUGGUUCACGUUAUGUUACUACUACCGUUGCCCUUCUGCAUGCCCCAGAAGGUCAAUCACUUUUUCUGUGAAAUCAUGGCUGUUCUCAAACUGGCCUGUGCAGACACCCACCUCAAUGAGAACAUAGUUCUGGCCGGGGCCGUGUCUGUGCUGGUGGGACCAUUCUCCUCCAUUGUGUGUUCCUACGUGCGUAUCCUCUGUGCCAUCCUGAGGAUCCAGUCAGGGGAAGGCCAGAGGAAGGCCUUCUCCACCUGCUCCUCCCACCUCUGUGUGGUCGGGCUCUUUUAUGGUACUGCUCUCGUCAUGUACGUGGGGCCCCAACAAGGGAACUCCAAAGAGCAGAAAAAAUACCUCUUGCUUUUUCACAGCCUUUUUAACCCCAUGCUCAAUCCUCUGAUCUACAGUCUCAGGAACUCUGAUGUGAAGAAUUCUUUGAAGAGAAUUCUGGGGAUACGGUGA